CGUCACCACCCCCCAUUCUUACGCGCCGACUCGCCCGCGCUCCUGGCGGCUCGCCGAGGGGCGGCAGAUUCGCGCGAGAGGAGGCGGGGCUCGCGUUUGAAAGAUGGCGGACGAAGUGGACCAGCAACAAACAACAAAUACUGUAGAGGAGCCACUGGAUCUGAUCAGACUCAGUCUAGAUGAACGAAUCUAUGUGAAAAUGAGGAAUGACCGAGAACUUCGAGGCAGAUUACAUGCUUAUGAUCAGCACUUAAAUAUGAUUUUGGGUGAUGUUGAAGAGACUGUGACAACAAUAGAGAUUGAUGAGGAAACCUAUGAAGAGAUUUAUAAAUCUACCAAGAGGAAUAUUCCAAUGCUCUUUGUCAGAGGUGACGGCGUUGUGCUCGUAGCUCCUCCAUUGCGGGUUGGCUGAAACCAUAAAGGAUUUUCCCUGGUUGGAAAGCUGCUCGCUUUGAGAUAAGGCUCCCGUUCAGAUCACACUUCUGUGCAAAACUCUGUGCAUAUUUUUAUAUGAUAUUGUUGGUUUGUGUUUUGUUUUUGUGUUUGUUUUUUUUUGCACCUGCUUGGCUUGUGGAUCAUUGAAAACAACAGACAAAAAUGAUGAAAGGAUGGUGUGAGACAGUUUAGUUUUCAAGGAGUAAAUUUAAAUGCUAUAAUACAGGUGUGUCUCAAAUCAGUAAAUUAAUCUUUUCAGUUUUACAGUCUUGGCAAUUGCUGAGUUCUAAUUUUUUAAUAAAUAUGGUUUAUCUUUUGGAUUA